AGCGGCUCCCCCGACAUGAUCGAGCAUUGGAUCCAACUCGUCCACGAGAAGAACGCGCUGGUUUCUGAGGAGUCUGACCUCAUGGUGGCGUCUCGACAGCUGGAGCUGGAGGACAAGCAGAGCAUGUUGGAGCUGGAGCUCAGGAAGUUCAUGGAGCUGAAUGACAAGACGCAGGAGCAGGAGGUGGAGGAGGAGCGGGUCCUGCAGCAGAUGAUCGAGGUGGUGGCCAUGAGGGACUCGCUGGUCUCCUUCCUGGAGGAGAAGAGGCUGAAGGAGAUGAGCGAGGAGCAGGAGGCCUUCUCCAUCAUGGAGGCCAGACGGCACUCCAAGGCAGGAUCUCAGGUUCACUGGGCAUCAUAAGACUCCUCCCCCCCAUACAAACACACUGGCACACACACACACUGACACGCACACACACACUCGUGCAGCAUGGACCUGUAUGUACAAGGGAAGCAGAAGCUCUCUAAUCUGCUGACUUGAAACCUUGAGACUCAACUUUUUUGCGAAGCCAAAGAAGCUGCAGAGUCGUUGCAGAAUCCAACCACGAGCGCUUCCACGGCGGCGAGGACUCGAAUCAUCAGAACUCGAAUCAUCAGGACUCGAAUCAUCAGGACUCGAAUCAUCAGGACUCAAAUCAUCAGGACUCAAAUCAUCAGGACUCAAAUCAUCAGGACUCAAAUCAUCAGGCUUCAGAGGAACAGUCCGGCCCCUAGAGGGAGACAUAACCCUGGAGAUCUGAGGAGUCCUCACACAUGGCAGAGUCACAGGAUCUUUAUUGUCUUCUGCACCGUUGAACAACCACCACCAGGGGGCAGAUCACCUGACCCGGCCUCGGACCUGGUUCAGGUGUCUCAGACGUGUGACAUCACAUCGGGGGGGGAAACCUGCG